CAUACCCUAAUUCAAUUCUGCCCUCCUGAUCUGACUAAUAUUUCCUUCCUGCAUCACUUCGUCUUUUCUCUGCUUCUAAUUGGUUGAAUCUCUCACCAACUAUUCCUUCGAUUUAGUUCUUUCAUUUUUGUUGCUCUUCUUUCUGAUUGUCCAUCGUAAUCUCUUUAUGAUUGCUCUACCUCUCUGAUUGUUGAGAUAAACGCAGAACCCUAAUUUCUCUCUCGAUUGCAUCUCUCUCUGUCUAACUUUUCAAUAUUUUGAUGUUGCGAAAAUCAAUCCUCGGAUUCCUACUACAUCGCUAAUGGCAGUUCCAACUCUACAACCGGUGAUGCCUCUCACAAAUGCAAACUAUCACUCCUUGGUGAGGUCCAUGAGCACAAGGCUGAUGAGUACACGAUUUUCUGACCGUCUCGAUCAUUAAACUAAUUUUGGCUAUUAUUAUUAUCAUUAUUGUUUAAUUGGAUAUUAUUAAGUUAUUUUGGGAUAUUAUUACUUCUUGUUGAGGAAGUAAUCGGUUAGCAGCUUGUCUAGGAUUGGGUUUCUUUGUUCAUAAGGGAAAGGGUUUGUAGGGUUCUCCCUAUAAAUAUGUACUUAACAUCUACGUUUUAUUCACCAGAAAAUAAUAAACCAGUACUUUUCAGCUUUUCUUAGUUCUCGUUUACGAAACCCUGACGCGUGAAACGUUCACACGUCAAUUGGUAUCAAAGCCUUGUUCGACGAAACCCAGGAGCCGAGUACCAUGCCGCCAAAGAAGAACAUGACGACGUCGGCAUCUGAUGUCGCCGCCGCCGCACACCAGUUGCGCGACGCUGAAGGCCGGAUCGACGCGCUCGAUCGACAGUUCCAGUCUGCGGGAGCGGAGUGAGCUCAACUCCUAGCUGACAACGGGCGCCUCAAGGACGGACGAGCGGCGAUCCAGCCAGAAGUCUGCCAGAUACACCUCGAGCUGCAAACGGGAAUUGACCAAAUGGGCGCCGCAGUCCGCACGGAGUUACGUUAGGACCAAGAGGUCUUCGUAUGAAGGAUCGAGGCUCAGAUUGAGGCACUAAUAGCGGGCGGAUCAGACAAGGGCGGAGAUGAUAAGAGGAGACACACGGUUGACCUGAUUCCACCUGAGGAAAAAAUCAAGGGGUUGGAGACAACCCAGGCGGGUUCUAAGGCGGAGGACAACGACGCAACUCUAACCACCCCACCGCCUCAAGGGGAGUCGACCGGGAAGGAUGGGAGGAGCUGGGCUAUUCCACUCACAGGGAUGGCUUGGGGGAACUUGGUGUUCGACGAAGAUGAAGGAAGGGUGGUGAAGUCGAUUGGAAGGAGUGGCGAGCAACCGUAUCACGGGUAGGCUAGAGUCGAGCGAGGCAAUGAGGCGAGGGAGGGAUCGGUCGUCGGCUGAGUAGGGAUGGUGUUCGAGGGUCCUGAACUGGUCGACGAGCGAGGGAGGGCUACUGGUGGGCUCGUCAGUCGAUUGAACCUCGUCGGCGAAUGAUCUGAGUCGUGGAGGGGGCCCGUUACGAAUCAGGCUGGCCUAGGCGCGAAUGGGGCAAGGGAUUCGGGGUCCGCCCACCCAAAACAGGAGGGAACGGGCAGCGACCGGACGACGACGAUAGGGGGAGGUCGUGACUGGGAGAGGAGUCAGCAACCGCUUGGUUCAAGGGCCGAACGACGAUCCUUGGAAUUUCCCAAGUUUACAUGGCAGGAGGAGCCUACAGGGUGUAUGACUAAGAUCGAGAAGUAUUUCAGGUACCAGGACAUUUUGGAGGAACGAAAGGUGGCAUUGGCGUCGUUUCAUAUGAAGGGAGACGCGAAUAAGUGGAUCAUGUGGAUAGAAGAGGAAUUCACGCAGAGCGGGAUGGAGAUGACAUGGGAAGACUUCCGUGCCGAGUUUUGGAAAAGGUUCAGGGCAUCGGAGAAGACGACUGGGCAUGAGGCAUUCUGAAAGAUCAAGCAAACGGGAACCGUGGAAGAUUACCAGCAAGCCUUCGAGAAGCUUCUCAACCGUUGCCACAGAUGGAGCAAGGAGUCAAGGAUGCGGUCAUGGGAACUUAUAUGGGAGGACUUAAGCCGGAAAUCUCAUCUUACAUUAGUUCAUUUGAGCCGCGGAACACCGAGGAGGCAUACCGCUUGGCGAAAAACCGAGAAUAAUAGAUCACGAUCGAGCGGGGAGCCGUGCGGGGAGCGCCGCGGGGACCGGUGGUCGUGUCUCACGAAGCAGCUCCUAAUCCUAUGGCUGCGCCGCCGCAGAAUCGAGGACCCCCACACGCUAGUAGGUGAGUCAUUUGGCACCUAACCCCGAAAGAAGCUGCUCAACGCCGUCGUGGUGGUCUCUGCUACAACUGUGAUGAACGCUUCACAUUCGGUCAUCGUUGUCCAACAACCAGGUGUUCGCUUUGAUCGCGAUUUCGGAGGAGGAGAGGACGAGUGGAACGACGAGGCUGCUUGAAGGGGGGAGUUUUGAUGAGUACACGUUUUCUGACCGUUUGGGUCAUUAAACUAAUUUUGGUUGGUGUUAUUAUUAUUAUUAUUAUUAUUAUUAUUAAGUUAUUUUGGGAUAUUAUUACUUUUUGUUGAGAAAGUAAUCGGUUAGGAGUCGGUCUAGUAUUGAGUUUCCUUGUUCAGAAGGGAAACGGUUUGUAGGGUUCUCCCUAUAAAUAUGUACUUAACCUCUACGUUUUAUUCACAAGAAAAUAAUAAAUCAGUACUUUUCAUUUUUUCUUAGUUCUCGUUUACGAAACCCCAACGCAUGAAACGUUCACGCGUCCGAGGCUCCACUUUAGAAACAAGUUUCAGUUGAUCGUUCCGAGUGCUUCUUCCUCUUUUCCAGAUGAUCCUCUACGGCCGGCUUGGGAUCAAGCCAGUGUUUUGGUUAUUGGUUGACUCCAACGGCCUGUUUUGCAGGAUGUUGUGGUUCAACACAACAGUGAAGUUUGGGAAGACCUUCAUGAACGAUUAACGAAGGCAAUGAGGUUCUCAUCUCGAAUGUAUGAUGACAUAUCAAACCUCAAACAAGGUAUCCUCUCCAUCAUUGGUUAUUUCAUCAAAUUCCUGGUGCAUUGUGAAGAAAUGGUCAUCCUUCAUCCCACACACCUUUGUGCUCACAAUUUCUCGCGAUGGAGUUGUUGCAUUUGUUGGUUUGCUAGUGCCGCUUCAACUCUACUGGCUCUUGCUGCUCAGUCCACUAUUAGAAGGAAGAAAUGUCUGAUUUUCACUCGUUGUGGAGCUAUUGGUCACGCCAUCGAUCAUAGUUGAUUCUCAUAUAGGACAACGUAACAAAAUUAAACGAUUAGUUAGCAAUGAUGAAACGGAUGUUAAAUCGAGUGACUUCUAAUGCAAUAUAACAAAUUUUAGACG